UUUAUCUCUAACUUGCUUUUAGAGUACUCAAACUUUAUAUAAAUAAUGAAGGAAGAAGACAACAACAUCAAAUAAGUAACCAAUUAUAAAACAAUAUAAUCCUAGGAAGAAAACCAAUUUUUUAUCCCACAUUAUCUAAUACCCGUAAACUACGCUCCUAUCCCAUGCGAAAUAGAGAAUUACAAGAUGGCAAUACAUCAUUUAACCGAAGAGAAUCACUUUUUGAGAAAACAACUCCAACACAAUCAAGUCUCAGGCGGUCUCUCUUUGGAUGCAGAGUAACUAAAGGAUGAAGUGUUCAAAAUGAUUGACUAUCUGAUGAAAAAUCUCAAUUACCUUCCAAAAGAAUAAAUCUUUGCCUACCGAAAAACAAUUCGAUUGUGCACACAGAGGAGUGCACUCAAAAGAAUCUAUUUUCUUAUCUUUACCAGAUAUUUAUAAGUAAAUUGCAUAUCCAACAUGAUAGGCUGAAAAAACCAAAGAGGAAAUGAUUAAAUUCAUUAUUCGCAAAAGUGUGAAGUUUUAGAAGCCCACUAGUGCCAUAUAGAAACACGAAAUGAAGAAAAUGAAUAAUGCGUUCGUUUAGCAAUUAUUUCUAUCAGCCCAAUAUCAAUAACAUUACUCAACUUUUCUAAGUAAUCAUAUCAUUUUCCAUCUAAUCUAGGUUCAUACCUACAAUUAGCACUUGAUGAAAAUAAACACAAAAUUCAAAAAUAUGUGAAUUUCAUAGUGGAAUCAAUAUAAAAUAACUAAAUCGAAGUAAAAUGUGUAUUUAUUUUCCUCAGGAUGUCCUAAACUAUAAAAGAUUUCCAUGGUUGAAUGAGUGGAUACAACAAUCCGUUUAGAUUGCUAAAGAUCUAUAGUUUAGUAGCAAAACCCAAAGUUUGGAAAACAAGAAAAAAAGAAAAUUCUGAUUAAGCACUUAAUUGGAUAUAAUUUCUG